AUGGAUCCCCCUCACAUUCUCAUAACAGGCGGCAGCGGCUUCCUAGGCACAGCCAUAAUUUCCGUCCUACUCUCCACCAAAAAAUACACAAUAACCGCCCUCGACAUCUCCCUCCCACCCCUCGGCACCCAAACCUUCAGCUCCAACCCACGCGUACGUUACACGCGCUGCGACAUCCUGGACGCCCCCUCUCUCUCCAAAGUAUUCGCGGAAACCCGGCCUACGGCUGUAAUUCACACAGCCGGCAUCUUCUACGUGGGCACACGGCGGUACAGCAUGAAGGACCGUGACGCCGUGUUUAAAGUAAACGUAGAGGGUACACGGAAUGUGCUGGAGGCAAGUAAAGAGCAUGGAAUUAAAGCCUUUGUGCACACGAGUAGUAUCACGGUACUCUGCGAUGAUUUAUCGCGAGAUUUCAGGAACGUAGAUGAGACGUGGCCAUUGGGAAAGACGGAUACAUGUUAUGGACAGAGCAAGGCCCUAGCAGAAUCCCUCGUCCUAUCUUCCAACUCCCCCUCCCUCGCCACCACCGCACUCCGUCCAGCCCCCAUCUUCGGCCCUACAGACCGCAUCUGCAUCCCGACCAUCCACGCCUGCAUCGACGCAGGCCAAACCCCCUUCAUCCUCGGCUCCGGCGCCAACCUGCAAGAUUACGUCUACGUCGACAACGUAGCGCACGCCCACGUGCUGGCCCUGGAAAACUUACUAUCUUCUACCACCAACCGCACGGCGGCGGGCGAGGCAAUGUUUAUUUCAAACGACGAACCCGUUGCCGCGCGAGCGCUGUGUCUGGCGAUUUGGCGCGAGUUUGGGCAUGUGCCAAGGUUCGAGGUGCAGUUGCCCGUGGCGCUGGCGCGCUGCAUGGGGAUCGCUGCUGAGUGGACGGCGUGGGCGACGGGGCAAGAGGCAAGUCUGUGUCGUGGUAUGGUGAGUGAAGGGUGUAGGGAUUGCUAUGUUUCGGUGGAGAAGGCUAAGAGAUUGAUUGGGUAUGAGGUCAAGGUUGGGUUGGAGGAGGGCAUCAAGAUUAGUUGUCGUGAGUAUAGAGAGAGGCUUGAGGCGAGGAAGAGGCCGUCGGUGUGGAGUUGA